AACCAAUGACGACAGAGCAUUUCCGAGGCUUUCCGCUUUCCCCGAAGUUCUUGACAGAUCCAACUCCAGAUUGAGAGAAUUCAAGAUGGCUGCCACAGGUUUUAAGUAGAGGGCUAACUCUUCUGGAUCCCACUGUGCAUGAAGCUUUCCUGACGUUGUGCUGUCUAAUUCCUGAGUCCCCCAGCUCCUCUUGUCUCUCAUCAUGUCCUCCACCUCCUCCUCGUACUCGUCCUCGGGAGAAACCAGCCCGGAGGAUGUACCCCGAGGUGGGGGGACCAUCCGAGUCUACCUCCCUAACAAACAGAGGACAGUGGUGAAUGUUCGCCAAGGGCAGACUGUGCACGAGAGUCUAGAUAAAGCACUCAAAGUGAGAGGCCUAAGCCAGGAGUGCUGUGCUGUAUUUCGCCUUCUGGAAGGUCGUAAGAGGCUGACAGAUUGGGAUACAGAUAUCACUCCUCUGGUUGGAGAGGAGCUUUUAGUCGAGGUCCUGGAUGAUAUUCCCCUCACCAUGCACAACUUUGUACGGAAAACCUUUUUUAAGCUGGCUUACUGUGAUUUUUGCCACAAGUUUCUUUUUAACGGCUUCAGAUGUCAGACAUGUGGCUACAAAUUUCACCAGCACUGCAGUAGCAAGGUCCCUACUGUGUGCGUGGACAUGGAUACAGUGAGCAAACGGUGUGAUCCCAAUACUUGCACAGAUGAGUACCCACGGAUACUAUUGCCAGAUAAUUCCCCAUCGCAGAGCAACCUAGCCUUAACCCCAGAGCCUGCUGGGAUGGACCUCCUGUCCCCAACCUCGGCCUUUCGCUUUCCCAUUCCGGGUGGAGAUGGCCAGUCUCUACAGAGGCAUCGCUCCACCUCCACUCCCAAUGUUCAUAUGGUCAGCACAGUGGGCCCUGCUGGUGCCAGCAUUAUAGAGGAAGCACUAAAAUUCAACAACACAAUAGGUCCUGAGCCCUCACCGAAGCCCUCCACCAGCCCACCAUCUUCUCUUGGCUCUCCGGGGAGGAGGCCGCCCAAGUCUCCCUCCGAGCACAAGGAGCGCAAGCCCUCUUCGUCCGACGACAAAAAGAAAGUGCACCGAGGGGGCUACAGAGACUCAAGUUACUACUGGGAGGUGCACUCUCGAGAAGUCAACAUUCAGAAGAGAAUAGGUGCUGGCUCCUUUGGAACAGUCUUCAAGGGCAAGUGGCACGGAGACGUGGCAAUCAAGAUCCUUAAAGUCACCGAGCCAACACCUGAGCAGUUACAGGCCUUCAAAAAUGAAAUGCAGGUCUUGCGGAAAACCCGUCAUGUCAACAUCCUGCUGUUCAUGGGCUACAUGACUAAACCCAACUUUGCCAUCAUCACACAGUGGUGUGAAGGCAGCAGCCUGUACCGCCAUCUGCAUGUCACAGAAACCAAGUUUGACACUAUGCGUCGUAUUGAUGUGGCCAGACAGACAGCACAGGGCAUGGAUUAUCUUCAUGCAAAGAACAUAAUUCAUCGAGAUCUGAAGUCAAACAAUAUUUUCCUCCACGAGGGCUGGACUGUUAAGAUUGGUGACUUUGGCUUGGCUACAGUAAAGUCUCGGUGGAGCGGCUCUCAACAGGUAGAGCAGCCGAGUGGAUCCAUUCUCUGGAUGGCUCCCGAGGUGAUCCGAAUGCAGGACAGCAACCCGUAUACGUUCCAGUCUGAUGUAUACGGCUAUGGAGUAGUGCUGUUUGAGCUCAUGUCAGGGACCCUGCCUUACUCCAAUAUCAACAACAGAGAUCAGAUAAUCUUUAUGGUUGGACGCGGUUACUUGUCUCCGGACCUCAGUAAGCUGUAUAGUACCUCACCCAAGUCAAUGAAAAGACUCAUCGUUGACUGCCUGAAGUUCAAACGUGAUGAGAGGCCCCUGUUUCCACAGAUCCUGGUAGCAAUUGAACAGGUUCAAGACCUACUGCCAAAAAUCGAGCGGAGUCGCUCAGAGCCGUCGCUCCACCGGGCCGUCCAUGCAGAGGACCUGAACCCUCUCCUGUUCCACACCACCAGGCUGAUGCCCCUCUAAGGUCCCCACAGCGCUGGGCAGAGAUGCCGUCACCCUGUUCUGAUCCACAACAUUCUCGUGCCUCAGAGAGGCCACAGGCUGACUAUCCUGACAGACUGCGACCCCCAACUCACUCCCAGCCCCUCAAGAGCCCUGGAGCUUCAGCCCUCAACACAAAACUCAGUAACUGCAGAAAUAACCGUUUAGUUUGAUAGUAAAUCUUCUUUUCGUUCCACAAGUGACGAAGAUCUUCUCAUUCGUGAAAUAAUUGUCUGCUGUAUCUAGAAGUAUAUUAAAAGGAGCUAUUUGAGGUUUAAAAACAGACAUGUUUCGCACAAAAGUUCAGUAAAAUAUUUUUGGACCUUUUUUGAGGAGCGCUGUGGGCAUAGGCAAAAAUUAAAUUCAGUUUAUCAGCCAUAGCGCUGGAGCUGCUGCUUCAGGUCAUCUGAUCAGCUCACAUACUUCAAAUGCUCAGUUGUCAUGGGCCCCUUUCUGUCUAAUGCAGUAUAAUGGGAUGGAAAGCAAACUGAAUGGUUGUUUGAGAGUGUUUUGUAAAGGAUUGGAAAUGAGUGCACAUGCAACAACAAAACAUGAGGAGGCAGACGAAAAGAAAGAAAAAACUAUUGAAUAUUAUAUAAUAUAUUUUGCCUUGAAUAGACCCUAACCCAACUUAAGAAACUGGACUGUGCAAAAAGGUUCAGUGAUUAAUGAAUAAUAGUCACAUACUUGGUGAAAGUGUCUGGAUCUUUGAGAAUCAAAAUGACCUUUUCUUCACCUCAGAAUAAUCUAAUUUGCAUAGAUGUCCUUAAGUUCCUCUUGGACCUUAGUUCCCGUUGUUGCAAUGGACUGAAACAGUUUAAAUCCAAAAUGUGUAAGUUGAAUAAUGUAAUUGGCUGUGAAAUGACCACUGUAAUGUCUGAGGGGUAGAGGUAUGCAUUUUAAUUCACUUAUUCCUCUGAGUCUUAAAACUGUGGGAAUUUUACAACAGCAUGCCAAGUUCAACUGGUUGGAUACAUUUUCUCCAAAGCCACUGAAAAAGAAAAUUGCCCCCCAUUUUAAGAUGCUGUCAAUUCCUCAGACAAAUUAAUUUCAUGUUCCUUGUAAUGCUAUUUACCUUACUCCACUGGGGUUGCUGGGAUUUUUUCAUCUUGUUGUAAUAAGGUCAGACAGAGUACAGGAUUAAAUUGUUAGGACCAAUAUUUUUCUUUUUGUACAGGAAGGUUUGUCUGAUCAUUUAGUUUCUGAUGUUUAACAUUUUCAGGACAAAAUAUUCCAAGUUAUCCCAAGCAUUUUUUUUUUUGCCGGUUCAAAGAGAGGCAACAUUUCAAUGUUGUGUAAAAUCAGCCCAGUUUAUUGGUCUGCCCCUAAUAUGCCCAUGACAUGACAUUAAUGUGUGCUUAUGUACCGUUCACAAGUCUUUUUUUAAAUUCCUUUCAUAAGUGUUACAAGAAUCAUGCUCCAGAUUGCAGAUGAGAUGGGUCUAUAAAUAAGGUUGUUUUCUUAAAUCGCUGUUAUUUUUUAGCCCAAUGAGGAACUGACAGGCCUUUAGUAAGUUGCAGUCCUAAUAUAAAUGGUUAUUGUAUUGCUGCUACAUAUAGUGAAUUUCCUGUGCAGUUUUUUUCUACACGUCAGAGCCGAGACAUAUUGGGGCUGGACUGCACCAACACAGCACACAGCCUCAGCAAGUAUUCUGCUGAUUAGUCUUAAGUUUUUUCUUAAUGCUCUGAAACACUGCACCGUGGAUUAGCCACCAGUCCAUAUUUCUCAGAUACAUGCCCACACACAUAAAUUCUUACUUUAGCUGUUAAUGAUGCAAAAACACUGAGAGUAACUUGGUUAAUUAGUCACCCCGAUUUCGAAUUACGCAUGCAAUUAAUGUUCUGCAAAUACCGAAGACUUCAGUACUCUGGCGGACAGUAAGACGUGUCGUCAGAAUGUGUAAAAGCAUAAAGUGUUUACCUGUUCCAAAUGGCCACGCCCAAAAGCACCAUCUCCAAGAACUCUGUCUUCUAGCCUUGACACCAUGAGUCAUUCAAAUCAGGGUGAGGGUGCACCUUUUUAAGGACAGUCUCAAAUCAGAGAAUUCUAGAAAUUGUCCGACCCAUCUUCACAGUCCCACUGUGAAUCAUGUUUGCCGGUCAUCCCAUUGUUCAUGUUUGUGGAGCUAGCUGGCAAGUUGGGUAGCAUAAAUCAUUCUCUUUAGUAUCAAAUCCAAAGAGUAAAAAGAGGAAGCACGGAAACCUGUUGGUAGCCAGGGUGGCCCACUGAUCCAGGGUGGCAUGUGGCUUUUGUUAGAUUCACAAAACAUUUCUGUGUGGACCUUGCACAUUCACCUUGCUAGCAUGUUUUGUGGACGCUUAUACACUAGGGAUGUCCUGAUCUCAACUGAGAUCUGUAUUUGGGCUGAUGAAGGGAUUUUUUUAUUCUGAUAAUUAUCAGCUAUAUUGAGCCAGAUGUGAUGCUUUGGUUUAUGUCAGGUCUUACACGUGUUUUUACUUGCACAGCAACACAAAGAAUCAAUACGAGUCAGAACUUGAUAUCGGAUACUCAAUAUUAAAAUACUUGGAUCAGGAUAGGGGGCAAAAAAACGUUAUCAGGACAUCCCUAAUAUAUACCCUAAUUAUUAUGUAGAGGCCAUUGAAUUACUGUAAUGGAGUGGCAACCCAGACAGUUUCCCUGCUUGAUCGAGUGAUCAAAGACAAUGGACAAUGAGAAUUUGACAGGCGCCCACUGUUUCUUGUUUGUCGGUCUCACUCCCUUCUUUCCUUGCUCUCUCCUUGGGAAAACCAAGCAGUGACUUUUUAAUCCUGUUGCUCGGUGCGAUGUGUGAAUUAGGCCUGUAACUAGUCGCUGUUGUAGUAAAUGGACUCACUGAGGUAGAAACUUUUGGAUUAAAGGAUUGUGUUUGACCCCCGUAGGCAAUGUCCAGUACUCAGGUGUAUACUGCUUCAUGAUGCAAUAAUGUAUACUAACUUUAUUUUAUAGUUUCUAAAACGUGUGAAACAAGCUGCCUUAUGGAACUACUAGAUGUGGUCAAACUAAAGCUACAGAUACACAAAGACCUUCUUAAGUACUGAUAUACCCCCUUUCACCAACGCAAACCCAGUGCUAGUGCUGGUUUACAGUUGGUUCAACUCGCGAACCUUUUAGGAACCACGGGCUAGAAAGCCACCAUAGGGUCACAUAAUUAGUCCCUGUGUAUGUCUCCAACAUUAGCUGUUGUUACCAAGGUUAGCUGGCUAACUUACCCAAGCAAGUGUACAACUACAGUGUUAAGAACAUUACAUCAAUGAUACAGUUCAUGUAAGAAAUUAGUAGCUUUGUUUGCUUGGGUAAUGUUAGCUAACGUUGCACGUUGUUCUUGGUUCUAGACCAACAAAGUGUUGGUGGAAGAACUAGUUUUCCUGGCCGAGAGCCGGUUCUUUGGCCGUAGAAACACAGAACCGAUUGGAGAUUAGGCUCUGAACCAGCCCUCAGACAUCAUUGGUGGAGAAGGGGUAACGGUGGAUCCAUAAUGCUGUGUGGUGCUCUCUGGUUGUUCUGUGCACUGUGAGCAUAUGUUGACAUUGAGAAGCCCUCGGGACUCUGCUACUUGGAUGGAUUAUAAACCUAAUCCUGUGAAAAAGCACUGUGCCUCAAUGUGGAACCAUCAAAAGCAUACAUGGCAGAGGGGCUUUGUGCUGGGAUCUCCUUUACUCGAUCCACACCUGGAGCUGCUUCUCCUCUCAGCGUCCCAUGUGAUCUGUGACACUAGUGGAAAGAACUGUAUUCCCUGAAAGCUCGUCUCUCGUCAGUGCCUCCACUACCAGUGGAAAGGAUUUUGAUGGGUUUUGGCUCAUGCCUGAAAUUCUGUCAGAUUUUUAGGACUAUAAACCAUAAUAAUCCAAUCAUGUAGUUUUGAAGCAGACACUUGACAGUGCACAGUGUGGAGCAAACGGAUAAUGUAUAACUAUAAAACUUUUGGAUUUGAUAACGUUUUCUGUUGAGAAGUGUUUCAAAUUUAAAAAUACCAACUGAGAAAACUGUUCUAUUUUGUUCUUUGGAACUGUUCAGUACUGAGUUCAUUGCUCUGUGGUGUAAUUGGUAAUAUAGGAAGUAUUAGCACCAUGAUACUAGAGCCACAUGGUUUGUACUGUGGACUAGCAGCAGCUGUGAGGUGAUGUUUUGGGUGGUGUUUGGUGUUCUGUGAACUGGCCUUGCUUCUCUGUACAUUCUUUGUGAUGUGACUGAGCAUAAAGCAGGACAGAUGUUAGCGUCUGUUGGUCAUUAAUGACUGACAGCCGAUCAGAUGUUGAGAUUCUAAUGUUAAAGUAGGGGCUGGGUACCCGAACUGUUCUUACUCAUUCCAGUUUCAAUGUGUGAUUGUGGUCAUGGGGAUAUUGGUUUAACCAGCGGCGGUUGGGUUGGGGAUUUGUGAACCAGGGUUGGGAAAGACUUUUGUCUUUCUCUUAUUUAUUGAUGUCUUUGCAGAUGUUCUCGUCUCUUUGAGGUGGAUUAAAUGUUUACAGAGAACAACAUUCACACCAUCACAGGACACUCUCUCUUUAACAAGAAUGUUCUUUAGGCACGGUACUGUCUGCUCCUUUUUUUAAAUGACUUUUAUUCUGAUACCGUCUCCUGCAGGGGCAUUUCUAAUGGCUUUUCUUUUAAUUGUCUUGAACAAACUAGGUAUCAAACAUUUUAGCAACAUUCUGUUUAUAGGGUUUCACUACAACAGCAUUUAUUAAUGGCAACACUUCAAAAUACUGUAAAAGUAACUUUGUUAUACGGUGGGCUACGUGUUGAACUUGAGUGUGUCCUGUGAUAUGUAAGUGUAGCUUUUAAGUAUUUCAGUGGCCUAAGGCUGCUGAACGAAAAAAAAAAACACCUUUUCUACACAAGCUGCUUUUUAUAACCUUCCAGCAAUAGCAAGGACAGAAUGUCAAAGUCAGCAUGCUUUACAAUAACGUCGCACCAACUUUCCUGUAAAUCAAUGUCACAAGCCCCCCCCACUCAGAGGAGGACGACUCUUUCCCUGUACAGAAAGGAUAGCGAGUCAUUUUGGCUUAGUUUUGUGUUAGCGUGGGGUCUCCCAGAGAGGGCCAUGUUCAUCUGGUGUCUAAAAGGAAGAGGGAACAAGUGCCACGGUUACUGGAAAUCCCUGUUAAAAUGGACCCGACGCACAGAAGACACUGUGCUGCCCGCAGCAGAGGGGGAAACCAGGCUUAACACAGCUGUUUGUUUCAGAGAAGAUGUGAGAGCUGUAUGAGAGUAGUUAUUUUUUCUUUGUCUUUUCAUAUCUCUAGGUGAAUUGCAAUACUUGUGUUUAUAGUUUCUGAGGUGUCAGGGGUGUUCAGUUUGCAAUAAAUGGUAUAUUCUGCUGUGUACAGUUACUUUUUUUUUAUUACAAAAAUUGUAUUUGUUUCUAUUUUUUGUGUGAUGGUUUCAAAAAGAACAAAAUUAUUUUAAAGUGUAAAGGAAAUCUUAGUAUUUUUUUAGUUUUGUUUUUUUUUUGUCUUAAAAUAUUGAUGCAGGAUUUAUUCUUUAAAUAAAUUUCGUCUGUGUUA